GACGUCAUCUCCCCGCGACGCCAGUCUCGGCCGGCUCCCUGGGUGCCGCCAUAUUGCGCGACGAGGCCGGCAGGCGGAGGAGGGGGCGAGGGCCGACGCGUCGCCCGCCAUGUCGGAGACCUACGACUUCCUCUUCAAGUUCCUGGUGAUCGGCAGCGCCGGAACCGGCAAGUCCUGCCUGCUGCACCAGUUCAUCGAGAGCAAGUUUAAGCAGGACUCCAACCACACCAUCGGGGUGGAAUUCGGGUCGAAGGUGGUGACCGUCGGCGGCAAAACAGUGAAGCUGCAGAUCUGGGACACGGCUGGGCAGGAGCGGUUCAGGUCUGUUACUAGAAGCUACUACAGAGGUGCAGCUGGGGCACUUUUGGUGUAUGACAUCACGAGCAGAGAGACCUACAAUGCCUUGACCAAUUGGCUAACCGAUGCCCGGACUCUGGCCAGCCUCAAUAUUGUCAUUAUUCUAUGCGGCAACAAGAAGGAUUUGGAUGCUGACCGGGAAGUCACUUUUUUGGAAGCUUCUCGUUUUGCUCAAGAGAAUGAGCUGAUGUUUCUCGAGACCAGUGCCUUGACUGGAGAGAACGUAGAAGAAGCUUUCCUGAAAUGUGCACGGACCAUAUUAAAUAAAAUCGAAUCAGGUGAGCUCGACCCGGAGAGGAUGGGCUCAGGUAUCCAGUACGGGGAUGCGUCCUUGCGGCAGCUGCGGCAGCCCCGGAGCAGCCAGGCACAGGCGAGGCAGCAGUGCACCUGCUAGGCCCAGGUCCUCACCGGCUUGCAAGUGCUGGAACUCCGCUGCUCUGGGCCCGGGGCUACAUGAAGCCUCUUCUUCUGUUUGGUUCUCCAACGCAACAGGCCUCUUGGGCUGAAGACCCCACUGCGCCCCCUGCUGUUGCUGCCACGGCCACUGCCGCUUCCUUCCCCUUGCAUCGCCUCCUGUCCUAAGACAAGAAGGGUUGCACGUUCGCUCUCAGAUUUCCUAGCAGAAGGUUUGCACGAGUGGCUGUGGCCAGGCCCCUGCAUCCACCCCCUCGCACACUGCUGCCCCCCAAAGGUGUGGGUGUGGGCGCCCCUAGAGGGCGUGGGGCCUUGGCCCCUUCUGUGCUCCGUAGCUGCUCCAGCUGAAUAGCAGCCGAUUCAUCUGAUUGGGAAGGAGUGUCCGUGUCCCUCCCGAGAUGCUCUACUUUUUUUCUUCCUUCCUUCCUUCCCUCUUUCAAGCCUCUUAUGCUUGCCCUGGGCCUCUGCCUGCACCCCUCUUUUCCUGGGGCUGCAGUGGCUGGGCCAGGCCAGUGGGCAGGUUGGGUUGGUCCUUGAGGGGUUUUUUUGGCCCGGUGUUGAUGGAGUGAGAAAUGCUCCCUUCGGGCAAUUUCUUUUGAGCUCUUUCCUGGGCUGAGUCCACAGCAAGGAAGCCACAGCAUUGGCAGAAAAAUCUCUGCUUCCGUGCUGGUGUGGGAAGCUGUGGGGAUAUCCCCCCCACUUUGGGUGAGCUUGGAUUCCCGCAUGCUUUAAGUGUUGCAAGAUGUCCGUAUCUCUAGAGCCUUUGACUGGGCACCAGCAUGAGAGGCAAAAGUCCCACGGUUGACAAAGUACCCCUGACUUCCAAAGAGCACAGCCCUAAAUUUUGUCACAAGAAGAAGGGGGAAAAACCACCAAGUUAUGGAAUUGCCCCCAGUCCUUCACUCCAGUGGCCACUGCUAUCAGGCUUGCUGUGCGUGGUCCCUCUGCUGUCUGGGUCCUGCAGAGGAGAGGAUGGUUUGGUGGGGAUCUCUUGAGAGGCACCAGCUCUGAGAAAGAGGAUACCCUCUCCCCCCCCAAUUACAAGUUUCUCUUAACCCUCUGACAGAGCCUGGCUCCCUCCCCCUCCCUUUCUCCAGUGGGCCAGGAGCUGCCUCCCUGUGUGUUGAUCCACAUUUGCAUGGAUCCUCAGGGAUCCAUGGCUUUGCCAGCCAUCCAGAAUGAGGCCUGGGUCCAGAUGGUAGCAAGCCAGGUGGGUUUGGAAGAGUUUGCUGGGCCAGAAGUCCUCCCUGGUUUACUGAGGAAGGUAGGUAGAACCUGGCAGUUCCUAUUAGCAGUUACUUCUGGCCAUGGACGGUUGCCCCCUUACAGGAAGAGGGGGUGCUCUGAGUUGGGGACUUUCUCCCUCCCCUCCCCAGUUUUAUAGUCACAUAAUGGGAAGGUGAGAACCUGGAGGUGGGGUCUGCUUCUCUUUUCUGCUAGGAUGGAGCAAUCUCUGCUCCUGCUUGUGUGCUGGGAAGGUUUCGCUUCCCCUCCUGCUGCGCCCUCAGAAAGAAAGGAAGAUGAAACGGGGACCCGGUUUGGAUUUUAUUUUUAAGUGUAAUGUUUCUCUUUGUUAUUUAUUCUUCUGUGUCAAGGGCAGAAACAGGCUCGCUUUGCAGGUGGGGUCCCUGCUCUCAUUUGCCCAACUCGGCUGCACUCCUGGUUUGAUUCCUUAAGCUUUGUAGGAGGAGGAGUUCCUUCCAUCCAGACUUGAACAGCUGACAGUUAUACGCAGUUUAAAACUUAAAUCUUCUGGUUUAUUUUAUUUUUUCUAUAAAUGCAAACAUUCCCUCCAACUUUAAGGCUGUGAAACUGAUACUCGAACAUAAAAUGUUUUUUUCCUCUUUUACAAA